UUCACGCUUUUGUAGAGAGAGGUCGCUUCGAUCAAGUUUCUUAACACCAUAACAUCGUUGAUAUAGGAAAUGGCGGCUUCAGUUCGAGAGUUUUACAAAGAAAAAAAUGUGCUGGUUACUGGCGGUACGGGAUUUAUGGGGAAAGUCCUCAUUGAGAAGCUUUUGUACUCGAUACCUGAUAUUGGUCAUGUGUACGUUUUGAUGAGGCCAAAACGUGGAAAGUCUAUUAAACAACGUUUGGAGGAAAUGUUUCGAUUACCAUUAUUCGACAGAAUCAGAAAAGAACGACCAGCUAUUUUUAAAAAGGUUAAACCCUUACAAGGCGAUGUCCUGUUCGAUAACUUUGGUUUAUCGGAUACCGAUAUUGACAACUUGUCUAAGCAGAUAUCUGUACUGUUCCAUUUCGCGGCUACAUUAAAAUUGGAAGCACCUCUGAAGGACAAUGUCGACAUGAAUACGUGCGGAACUCUGCGGACCGUGAACAUUGCUAAAAGACUUAAAAACCUUCUAGCCUUCAUCCAUCUUUCGACUGCAUUUUGCUAUCCGGAUUACAAAAUUUUAGAUGAGAAGAUGCAUGCACCUCCAGUAAAACCAGAAGAUGUAAUGAGACUGAUCGAAUGGAUGGACGACAAACAGCUGUCCUUAAUCGCACCGUCGUUAUUGGGCCCGCAUCCCAAUAGUUACACUUUCUCCAAACGACUUGCUGAGAAUAUUAUCGAACAAGCAUUUGAAGACCUUCCUACUACUAUAGUGCGGCCGAGCAUAGUGUGCCCAGCGUUAUCAGAGCCGAUAGCUGGCUGGGUGGACAGUCUGAAUGGUCCAGUGGGCGUAAUGCUCGGCGCUGGGAAAGGGGUUAUCCGUAGCAUGCUCUGCGAUGGGAGUCUAACUGCUCAAGUCAUACCAGUCGAUACCGCUAUCAAUGCUAUCAUCGCCAUUGGAAUGUUAGAAGGAACGAGGACUGAAAAGCCUCCUGUUAUCCCUAUUUACAACGCCAAUAUUGGACAUCAAAAACCUACAACCUGGGGCGAGGUCUUACAGAUCGGUAAGGACUACGGUCGAAAAUAUCCACUGGCCUGGCCGCUAUGGUAUCCUAAUGGAGACAUCACAACCAACGAGACUUUGCAUUAUUUCCGUCGUAUAUUUUACCAUUUGGUGCCAGCAUACACCAUCGACUUUCUUUUAUUGCUACUUGGACAAAAACGCUUCAUGGUGAGAAUACAGAAUCGUAUUAGCCAGGGACUUGAAGUACUGCAAUACUUUACUAUGAGACCCUGGAUAUUUCCAUGCCAGAACUUUGAUAAUAUACAAGCAAUAUUAGAAGGAGAGGAACGUAAGAUCUUUAACAUGGAUCUAACUGCUUCGGAUCGCGUGAAAUACCUGGAAGAUUGCGUUGAAGGCGGUCGUAUCUUCUGCUUUAAGGAAGACCCUAAUAAAGUCCCAUAUAAUAGGUCUUAUCAUAACUUCCUUUACGUGCUCGAUUGGAUAGUGAAAAUCAUGUUUUGGUUGUUUAUUCUGUCACUGUUAGCUUCGUGGUUCGAGCCUGUAAGAGAUUUGUUUUCGAUCGGUGAACCAUUUGUGAAGCAUCUACCGUUUUUAGGUCCGGCUGUCUUUGAUAAAACAAUAUAAAACGCAUUAUCAAUGAAUUAUAUCUUGAAAAAUAUUAUGAAAACAUAGCAAUCGAUAGAUAAAUCGUGUUAACCGGACGCAUGUUUAUAAUUGUGGAGUACUGAUUAAGAAAUUUGUUUAACAUUGAUUAUGUAAUGGUUAUUUGAACAGUUACAUGCAUUUUAUAUAAAGAAAAACAUUUGAUAACCAUUCAUUUUGAACGUAUUUUUAACUAGAUAUUUUUGUAUUUACUAUCUCGCUGGUUGGAUUGAAAACAUUAACUUGCUAAUAUUAUAAAUGCGAAAGUCUAUAUUGUUGUUUUAUUAACAAUUUGGAUACUUUUAAUGUAUUUUAAUGAAAUGUGUCAGAGAUGUAUUAAUAUAUGGGACAGUGAGGCUACUUACCUUUUUUAUUUUUUUUUUAAUUCUGACCAAAUAUGUUGGGGUCGAUAUUUAAUAGACUUUUAAAUAUACUUAUUAUGGGAAGUGGUGUUAUUUUUCACAGUAUUUUUUUGUAUCUAGGUAUAAAAGAAAAUAACAUUUUUUUAUAUAAAAAGAAAAGUAUAAAUACUGACAAGUUAAUGUAAUGGGUUUAG